CUUGUCUGCCUGAAUACUGCUCUUGUUUUUGCACCAACCGCAGACACGGAACUUCGGCGUGCAAAAAUGAGGCCAUAACGAAUGAUAUGGCGGAAUCAAUAUUCGACUGGUGUGGACGUUGAUAGAUUUAAUUUAAUAGAUCUGCCGAUGCAUGCAUGUCCCAACAUGACUGCGUAAGUGUUCCAUUCAGGUAAAUUAUCCUCUAUGUUCCAUUCAGGUAAAUUAUCCUCUAUGUUCUUGUUGAAUGGUAGCCUAUCCUGUUGAGAUUGUGUCAAAUUAAAUAAUAGAUGUCAUUCAUGGGCUCGAGUCUAAGCAGCCAGUGGCCUCAUUAAUGACAUAAACAGUCAAUCUGUCAUGGAAGGUGUCAUAUUGUUUUUUUGUGAUAUUUAACAUGCGCGUUCUUCUCCAUUGCCAUACGCCAGCGUGGAAUCAUAUGCACUUUUACGCAAAUAGUUGAGAAAGGCUCUGUACCAGACUUGUACUGUUGUGUGAAUCUAUCCAUACUUCAAGUCAUGAGAACCAUCCGGAGGCACCGAUCUGCUACGGGCACCGAGCUGCUACUGGGACGCUGCAGCCGGCUCCGGAUGUCCCGAGUUCGGAUGCUUCUCGUUUGUCUAUGCGGGAUGCUGGCUAUGGCUCUGACACUUGGAUUUUAUUUGUCGAGUAAUGAUACAAGAGAUGAUGAUGACAGUAUUCAUAUGCACGAUAACAUACAAUUUCGUGUGCCAGACCUAAUAAGAGACAAGUUGACCCAUAACCCCCGUAGGUCCACUGUGGCCCAGAUCAAACGUCUGGUGGGCCAGGUAAAUUCGGGGAGGCUUUGGUACUCUCUCCUGAGGCCCAUCCUGGUAGAGAGACUGCCAGGUACAAGAGGCAGCCGUAGGGUGCGUGAGCACAUCUACAGCCAUCUAGAGUUCCUGUCAGCGGGUUGGUCGUUAGAGGUCGACUCCUUUAACUCUGCUACCCCAAAGGGACUAAUCACCUUCUCCAACCUGCUAGCAGUCCUGGACCCCUCGGCCCCGCGUCGUCUGCUGCUGGCCUGCCACUACGACUCCAAGGUCAUGCCCCCAGCUUCCAAAACCCCCGACGGUCCUCUCAGGAGGUUCCUAGGGGCCAGCGACGCGGCCGUCCCCUGUGCCAUGAUACUGGAGCUGGUGACUGCACUGGACGUCCACCUGAAAGUGCUAAAACAACAGAAGUCACAGGUGACAUUGCAGUUGGUUUUCUUUGAUGGUAAUGAGGCGUUUGAGCAGCCAAGCCCCUCCGACUCUCUGUAUGGCUCACGUUACCUUGCUGAACAAAUGUCCCGCACCCCUCAUCCCCCAGGAGCCGAACAUACCACCCUGUUAAAUGCUUUGGACCUGUUUGUUCUGUUGGAUCUGAUUGGUGCACCUGACCCUAUGUUUGUCAACCACUUUGACAACACUGUACGCUGGUUUGAUGAGCUCAUAUAUGCAGAGAGGAGACUCCAUAAGCUGGGUCUGCUGUCCUCCCACCCCAGAGAAGUGAGCUACUUUAGGAAGGACAUAAACCUGGGCCCUGUGGAGGAUGACCAUGUGCCCUUCCUCCAGCAGGGGGUUCCAGUACUACACAUGAUCACAACGCCCUUCCCCUCCUUUAUGCACACUCUGGAGGACACAGCGGAACACAUCCAUUCUCAGACUAUCGAGAAUCUCACCAAGGUGCUAGUGGUGUUCCUUGCUGAAUACAUAGGACUCUGACUGAAAUUUUUCCCCCAUUAUUAUUGACCAUACACAUUGAUCCGUUCGAUUUUAUGCCACAAUCACCCACCCUUGUUUUAUAAUAUCAGCCACUCUCCCACUUGCAGUUAAUUACUUGAUUACUUAGUAUCACAUCCCCACAUCAUACAUUUCCAAAGUCCUAUCACACCAGGCAAUUUUUCCACAUCACCUAUAAUCCCACAUUCUAUACCCUAUUCUUAUUGUUUUUUCUUUAUCCAUUCUGGAGCCAAACUAGAAAACUGUUGAAAUUAGGAUUGUGAUUACAGAGGCUUUUACAUACCCUGUCCCUCUAAUUCUCAUAAUCGAUGUGGGUCUCAGAUUUAUGCAAAAACACAUGGCUAAACUUGAUAAUGUGCCUUUUUUCAAUAUGUUCAGUAAAUAAGGUUGUGAACAUUAGAGUAUAUAGUGCUUCCCAGUGAGGGAUAGAAAAACACAGUUUAAAAGGCUAAAUAAAGAGGUGAUAUACAGACAUUACUGUACAUAUUUGUUCACCCAAAAAGUAAUUUAUAGUCCUGCCCAGUAAUAAUAUAGCAAUAAAUAUGUGCUUUGACAAGUGCCAGAUUAUAUGGAAUAUAAUUGCAUGUAGCUAAUACAAGUAAUACAAAGUAAAAGUUUCCAAUUGUACAUAUACCCAAGAACUCUGUUUGUUGAAAUAUAUGUAUUAGGAUGAAGAUGAAUCAAAUCUAUUGGUAUGACUUUGUAUAGGGAGCAUUAAGAUAUUUAGAGAUAUUCGUCUAAAAUCAAAACUAGGUUCAGUGCCAAUGCUUUACAUAUCACUUGUAUACUGAAAGAGUUGCAUCUACCAGUUAACUGGCCAAAAGUGAUAAUAACUAAUUGAAAAGUAUUAUCUAUUGCAUACUGUAUGCAUCCACUAUUGUAGCAUAACAAUGACCUUGGCAUGAGGUGUCAGCCAGCAGAAUGUAAUAAUGCAUAAUGAGAAACUAUUUUAUGUGCAAUACUUGUUACAGCAUACUCAGUUCCAACAUUAUUAUACUGUGUGAAUGGAUGCUGAAACUGCCACUGUUUUGUUACAUAGCCUGGGUUCCAGUCUGUUUCUGCUAAUGUAGCACAUGGGGAUGUGUGAAACUUACUCCUCAGCCUGAAGUGUCCCUACUUGCACCAGUGUGUAGCUAGCUUUGGUGAUGUCGACUGGUAAGAUGCUUCAGGAAGGCGGUCACGUGUGUUAGCAAGGCAGAGGUCCUGGGUACGAGCCUCAUGUGACCUGAGUCAAGAAGAAGUGGUACUUGCUAAGUAUAACGUCUGUUAACACUCAGUUGUUUAUGCACAACAAGCAGGCACCCAGGCUCCAAUUUGAGUCAUCUAAUCGCCUAUGUGAAAGAUUGAUUGAUGCUAUACUUAAGCAAUAAGGCCCGAGGGGGUGUGGUAUGUUGGACAAAUACCACAAGCCUUAUUGCUAUUGUAAACUGGUUACCAAUAUAAAUAGAACAGUAAAUAAGUAUUUUUGAGUCAUACCCAUGGUAUAUUGUCUGAUAUACAAGACUGAAAUACUGUUUUAGCCAAUCAGCAACCAGGACCCAAAAUACACAGUGUGUAAUGUAUCUCAACCCUUGUAUUGCACUAUUAUCUGACAUUGCCUCAUACUUUCAUUGUAGGGUAUAAAAAAAAACUGAUGUGAAAUGAAUGAUAGCUUGCAUAGAAUUCCUCUGAGAAUAUUUUCUUAAAUAAAAAAAUAUAUGAA